AUGGGCGGCUCAGGGAGGAAAAUUGCCGAUGACGAUGAGGUGGAGCAGCUACUGCGAGCAGCGCAAGACGAGUCGCUUCUCAAACUAAACCUCAAUUCCCAUAUGGCGCGUGCUUCUGCCUCCGCCGUCAUCGAUCCAGAUCUCGACCGCCGCUUCCAAGCCUUGAAAAAGCAGACCAAAAUCGACAAUCCCCCGAGAGAGGUUGAUGACGAUCUGUUUGCCAGAUUCGGGGCCCUGAAAAGCUCGCUUCCGUCUCACAAUAGGAGCGAAAUCAAAAUCGAUUUUCCCGGCGGUGUUUCGGCUAAUCAAGAGAUGCGAGAAGAUGAAGAGAGUGAGGAAGAUGAGGUCGACAAGGUGAUAAAAUGGGCAAUUGACGCUGCCAGACUUGAUCCUGAUGAUGAUGAUGAUGGAGCUGACAAUGGAAAAAAGGGCAAAUGA